AUGUCAGGACCUACUGUAGUAUUUCUUAUUCAUCAUUGUUUUGGAGACAAUGAAUGCAAAUAUAAACCUUCUUCUGCGCAAAGCUUGCGACGCCAUCUUAUAUCCCAACAUCACUUCUUAUUCCCUAUCCGCCUUAACAAAGUUCGCCGACACAACAACGACACUUAUCUGUACGUUAAUGAACCCUCCAGCUCCUCAAAUGAUGUCAUUAUUAACCAGCACUAUGCUUGUCCUUGCUGUGUAGAUCACUUUGCUAGCCUUGCCGAUCUGAAAGGUCAUUUCAAGGUUAGACAUCACAGUUACCUUCCUCAUCAAAUACAACAACAGGAAAAUCAAGUUCACCAAAAAUCCGUAACUAGCCGAAAACAACAACAUAACGAAGUUCUUUGUCAUGAUGACUUGAAUCCGGAUCCUUCAUUCGGGAAGCACUUAGUGGUUAACGGUUUCGAUGUGUCGGAUGCUUUCCGUGCGAUGGUGGCUUCAUUGACGGCACACAAAUGGAAGCAAUCUUUAGAGGACAAUUUGAUUCUGGCCCUUGCAUCAACGUCAGUGUUACUCUUGGAUCCUCACAAAUACUCGAACGAGAUAAAGCCUUUUUUUGGCCAGGAUGACUGGUGGGCAAUCAAUGAUUACAUUCAGCAAGUAUUCAACAUCAAACGCCUACCACUACCCCUCACAACCACAACCAACUUCCUUAGUGUCAUUGAACAGCUUCUGAACAAUGAUAUCGAUCGCGAUACAUCUGAGAUUCAGUUGAAGACGAUGCCGCUGCAAGCCAAGGAAAAGAGGAUGGCCAAGGCAUUGGCAAACCUGGUGUCAAAGCUUCCUUUCGUUGCAUUAGAUGAAGACAUCAAUGAAACUGAGCUUUGCUCUCGUUUCGUGGAACCCUUCUUGGCUGGUCUCUUUGAUGAUCCAGCCAAAGGCAUUUACCUGCGUUGGACCAACGAACGUACUUUGGAGGCCAAGGCAAACGAAUCAUCACAAAGCCGCCCUGAUCUCUGCAUAACCAAGUGCUGCGGUGUCAAUUGGACCACCAGCCUUGCCUAUGGUGAAGCAAAACCCGCUGUACAUAGCUAUGACAAUUAUCUUGUGUGCAAGGAUCUCAUUAGGGUCGCCGUAUUUUGCAAGGAGGCUCUAGACAAACAACUCUUUGAAGGCAUCUUGGGCAUCCAAAUCAUUGGCAGAAUGGUUGUCUUUUAUCUACUCACCUUACCAUCUCAAGGCCUUUAUACUCUCAUCCCCCUUGCAAACAUCAAGAUACCGGACAGUAUACAAAACUUACCUGCUUUGGUCACCGAAGCACCCGCCAUCCUCAAAGUAUUGGAUGUUUUUGAUCGGCUUUGUGUUCGUGCUGCGUGCCCAAACGUCAUCAGCGAUCGUUACGCACCAACUUUACCCAUCGACAGUAUCCAACAACUCUUCUCCGAGUCCAAGAGUCGCAAGAGACAAUGUGUGCUCCAACAUCGACACAAUUGA